CCAAAGACAUCAAUGCAGCAUUCUCCGGGGUCAUCACUGUUCAGGUGAUAUACCUGGCGGCUUGGUCGCACCAUGUCUGAAGAGUCUAAGGCAUCGGGAGAGCCUGAGACGAUGCACAAUGACAACGCACACCACGAGCACCGGUCGAAGCGAUUUCGAUUCAAGUCGGCCAGGGACGAUGAAUCUGGUGACGAUGGUGAUCUGAGAAGACACAAGCGUAGGAGCCCGCACGAUUCAUCACACAGAAGCCGAAAGCGCCAUCGGUCUUCCAGGCACAGACCUGAUUCACCACCUUCCCACCAUCAGUCGUCGUCCAACUUGCCUUCCGAUCAAGCAUUUCGCGAGUCACUUUUUGAUGCUCUUGGAGACGAUGAGGGUGCGGCCUUUUGGGAAGGAGUCUAUGGACAGCCUAUCCACAAUUACCGUAAUACCUACGAAGACGAAGAAACAGGCGAGCUGGAGCGCAUGACUGAUGAAGAAUAUGCGCAGUUUGUUCGGAGAAAGAUGUGGGAGAAGAGCUGGGAAGGCAUAGAAGCGGCCAAGCAAGAGAACAGACGACAACGAGAACAAGAAAAGCAAAAGAUACGUGAAGAAGAGGCUAGGCAGCGGACACAUCAACAAUCGCCCCAUCAUGAUUUUGCUUUCGACUCCCAAAUCGAAGCAAGCCUCCGGCGCGGCCAGAAACGGAAAGAUCAAAAGCGAUGGCAAGCUUUGUGGCAGGACUAUUUAAAAAGAUGGGAUGAGAUGCACUCAUUAGCACAGAAUCGCCCAACAUCAGAGGAUGAUGCUGAGCAAAUGUUUCUUCGCAAUAAAAUUGCAUGGCCCGUGGAGUCUGGCAAACGCAAAGAUGUAAAUGGAGAUGAAGUGGAGCGGUUCAUCAAGAAAGGGACAGCAAACCUUGAUCCAGACGAAGUGACAGAAGACCUCUUCACCAAUGCCAUCAAGGUCGAACGAGUACGAUGGCAUCCUGAUAAAAUCCAGCAGCGCUACGGAUUUAUGUCAAUUGACGAGAGCACGCUGAAAGCCGUCACCGCCGUUUUUCAAAUCAUCGACACUAUCUGGAACAGGAUCCGAAAUAAGGCACCAUGAUAUGCAAAGGGUGGCCUCCUAGCAUAGGCGUGCCCACCAAAGGCAACCUAUCCGGAGGGCGUCAGAUUCUCUAUUCUACUUGCAGAAUCCUUUGCUGAAAGUCACUAGGUCUAUACAUUUAGUGGUUCCACGCCACCGGUCCAUUCUUCAAUGAUGUCGUCUGGAAUAUCUCUCACAAGCACAUGCACAUGCUCCAUGCCCGGGACAGAUUGCAAGGCUGUCCAGUUCUUGAACCAGACGACUUUCUCGGCUGGACCUGGUAGAUCAUUCACUCGAUCAACAAACCUGGUUUGUAUGAAGUCCUCCACCUGCUGUCUAGAUUUUGGCGUCAUGUCACCACGGGUGGAUUCAGACUCUAGCCUGACCUUCAGCCAGACGAUAAUGUGUCGAAUGCCCUUAGCUAGACCAUAUGGCCAGUCGUUGACCAGGAUCUUGUAAUCUGCUUCAUGAGCAAAUGGGAUGGGACUCUCGAUGGCAAAUAAUGGGCCAGUCUGAGCAGUCGACGAAGGUAACGGCGCCCAUUUGAGCCUCUCCCUCAUUAUGAAGUUUGGGAUUGUGCCAUAAGCUGCCUUGGUCUCAGCAGACCACUUGAUGUACCGUCUCAGAUCUGAAGGCCAUCUUUUGAAGAGGCUUAGAUUAUUUUCAGCUAAGUUCAGUUAGACGUGAUGGCGUCCUCGUAGAGUAUGAAAAAGAUAUUAUGC